GUUAAGUUAUAGGAACUUUAUCUUUUGAAAUACUGAUGUUUUUCUACGUAUAAAAUGUCUCUAUCAAUUAUCAAAUUAUUGUUUUUGUUUCUUGCGAACACCUACUUAAGAAAUUUAGAUUUUUGUUUUCUAUACUUUUUUUUAAAUAUCUUAUAUUCAUUAUAGUAUGGUGAUGAUCUUGCUGAAUUAAAUGAUAUAAGUUCUCAUCGUCCAAAAACAGCAAUUCUGUAUAAUAUUCAAAAAGAAAAUCGUCUGAUUAAACAAUUACAAAAAGAAAAUGAAGAAUUAAAACAAUUAGUUACUGAACAUCGAAGUGUUUUAGAAAAAAUCAUGUAUAAAUAUCGACAAGAUAUACAACAACUUAUUCUAAUGAAUAAAGAAGAAACCAAAGCUAUCAAUAUAUUUAAUACUUUAUUAGCACAGGUAAAUGAUAAAAUGUAUCUCAAAUUACUGACUUGUUUUUUUCCAGAUAAUUGCAAAUUAAUUAGUAGUGAAGUAUGA